GUUCACGCCUCAUAAUUUUGUCGCCCGGUUUGUCGUGAGGGCUUGUGUGUGCUUCGCGGUUUGUGCUGUUAAAAGCAGUUCCAUUGCAUUGAUUUAAAGGAACUUGGUUAAUAACUAAGUACAUUCAGUGACUGUAUAAUCAUGAUUGAGCCAAAAAAGAGAGGGGCGACAGAAAUGGCAGUGGUACCCGCUGGGAUCAAGAGGCCGAGGACGGAACUUGUGGCUGCGGCGCAGUCGCAACAGCUUGUGUCGAUGGGCCCUCCCCGGAGCUCCAGCCUCCAGGCUCCCAUAAUGCUUCUCUCGGGUCACGAGGGAGAGGUGUACUGCUGCAAGUUCCACCCCAGCGGCUCAGGGCUGGCAUCAGCUGGCUACGACAGGCUUAUCUUACUGUGGAGUGUAUAUGGUGACUGUGACAACUAUGCCACCCUCAAGGGGCACAGUGGAGCGGUUAUGGAGCUUCACUACAACACAGAUGGAAGUCUCCUGUUCUCCGCCUCCACGGACAAGACUGUGGCAGUGUGGGACAGCGAGACAGGGGAGCGAAUCAAGCGCCUGAAAGGCCACACCUCCUUCGUUAACUCCUGCUACCCUGCCAGGAGGGGGCCGCAGGUGGUCUGCACAGGCAGCGACGAUGGCACCGUUAAGCUGUGGGACAUCAGGAAAAAGGCAUCUGUCCACACCUUUCAGAACACUUAUCAGGUGCUGGCUGUCACCUUCAACGACACCAGUGACCAGAUCAUCUCUGGCGGCAUCGACAAUGACAUCAAGGUGUGGGACCUGAGGCAGAAUAAGCUCAUCUACACCAUGCACGGUCACGGAGACUCACUGACAGGGCUCAGUCUCAGCUCCGAGGGCUCCUACCUGCUCUCCAACUCCAUGGACAACACAGUGCGCAUUUGGGACGUCCGCCCCUUUGCUCCCAAGGAGAGGUGCGUGAAGAUCUUCCAGGGGAACAUCCACAAUUUUGAAAAGAACCUCCUGCGGUGCUCCUGGUCCACCGAUGGAAGUAAAAUAGCAGCAGGCUCUGCUGACAGGUUUGUAUACGUGUGGGACACCACCUCUCGGAGAAUCCUGUAUAAACUGCCAGGGCAUGCAGGCUCUGUCAACGAAGUGGCCUUCCACCCUGAUGAGCCCAUUGUUCUGUCGGGCUCCAGUGAUAAGCGCCUCUACAUGGGCGAGAUCCAGUAAGGGUUCCCCAGCCGGAACCAGCAGGUCUGGCGCCAGGUCCUACACAACAUACGACCUCCCGGACUGCUUCAGAACCCUGCUGUGAAGAGACCCAAUGUGUGCCACCCCUGCAGGAGCUGCGCUGUGACAUUCUCUACCUGUUAAGGGCGCUCUUAAAAGGGGAGUGUCCACUUAUCAACUGCGGGGUUGAGGGGUUCAUGGUUAAUGCUGAAACAAGCGCGUGAGCACACAUGCUCAGACUCACACACACACACACACACACACACACACACACACACACACACACAAAGUUUUCUCACGGACUUUGCUGAACCCCCUCCCAACCCACUCUCCCCUCUGUGACUUAGAGGGGUGUGGACUGCAGGCUUUGAAAAAAGAAACAGUUGCCUGUCAUUCAGGGCUUAUUUUUUAUUGUAUUUUUUAUUAUUAUUUUUUUUUUACAAGAUUCAUGGUUGUAAAAAACAUUGUAAUUUGCUUUUAAGUGGCUCAAAAUAAAUUCACUCUGUUCA